AUGCACGGGCGAAAUCUCUCGCCUGCCGAUCUGUACACGGCCUAUUUGGAGAGCUACCUCGAUACAUUGGCCACCUUCCGGCGUGCGUGCCUGGCCGUGUCCCGGGGUGAGGAUGUCCCGGGGGCCAUUGGUGCGGAUCCCGGGCGCUUGCAUCCGAGCCUGCUGGGCCCGACAUCCACCGUCGGCGGGCUCAUCCCCCUGUCCAGUGGGCCGGCCGUGACGGUGGCUGCGUCGGCCGUGCAGACGGAUGGCGCCCUCAAGCGGUCGGUCAAAUUUGCGGCUCACGCGGUGGCCGCCUCCUCGGCGGCGGCGGCCAAAUCCCUGGCCCACGCGGCCAACACGGCCUCCGAGCGCGUGGAGCAGCGUCUGCAUUCGCAGCGGGCCGGCCGGUUCCUUGGCGGGCGGCGAGGCUCGACCAUGUCCUUUGGCGAGGAUCUCCCUGAUCCCCUGUCGGAUGGUCUGCUCCAGCCGUCGGAGGCCGGACGCUCUGGCAACAUGGGCGUUCUGGGCGGUGGCUCAUCUGGCACCGGGAUGGGUCAGUCAGGUCGAUCGGCUCGGACCUCGUCUUUCGGCUUCCGGGUAGCCGGGCCGGUGCCGGCUCCCGGGGAUGUGGCCGUUCUGGCAGCAACCCUGGCCCUGUCGGAGGCGCGGUCAGCCCUGGCCAGCUUGUCUACUCAUGGUGUUCCCAUGAUAGCGCGCAUUUGCCAGCUGGUGAUCGAGUCCCAUGCGCUGCUCCGGCACUUCGAGGAGCUGAGUCUGUCCGGCCCAGUUCUGAGCCCCCUGGCGAUCGAUCCUGCAAUCGGAGAUGAUGGCCGGUCGGACCUCGGUGGGGAGCCCCCGCUCAGCCCAGAUAUGCAGGAUAGCCCGGCGUCCUUCGCCUUUCACGGCCACUCCGCGAUCGACACCUCCCAAACACAUGCCCUUAGCGAGGAACUGCAACGCAGCAAGCAGCUGGCGGCGAACCUGCUGAAGACGAUCGCACGCUUCGAGCGGCGCCUUACCGACCUGGACAAGAUCAUCCAGCCGGUUCGGCUCCAGACCACGGACCUGGGCAACUUGCAAGGCAAUCUUGCCGCCUCGCUCAACCGCCUGGCAGAUAUCCGCGACCACCUGGCACUGUCUCAGAAGUUAGCUGGUCUGGCCUCGGGGACCCUGCCCACGGGCACCCUUCCUCAAGGGGCGGACCUCACUACCGAGCAUAUCUUCACCUUCUCCAACACGCUGAAGACCAUUUGGGACGCGGCGUCGGCCCUGUCGCAGACCGGCAUCCUGGCCGUCAAUGAGGUGGACGACUUGCGGCGCCACUACUCCAGUGGCGUGCGCAUCAUCCGCAAUGCCUUUUCCCAGACCCUCCAAUCAUCGGUGCGCACCGGCGAUGACUUGAUCGGAGAAUUGGCGCGCCAGGCGAUCCAGCAUUACCGGACGGCCGAUGCCGCGGCCAAUGUUGCCGCCCCCGAGGCGCCCAGCGAUGUCAAUGGGAGUCCUUCCGGCAGCAAUGAUCUGGCGACCCCGGCACGACCGGGCACCGCGCGGCCGCUGCUCACCCUGCGCACGGAUAAUUUGGACACCCUGACCGAGGAGGAGGUUUCUUGGUUCUUGGAACACGACCUGAAUGGCCUGGUGCUGGAAAGCGUGCCGGAGGACAUUUCCUUCUGCCGGCUGCAGCCAGCCAAUGGGGGGCCUCGGUCGGGGGUGGCCUCGACCCGGCGCCCGGGCGCGACCACCGGCAGCCCACCGCUCCUGAUCCAUGAACGAUCAGUGCCGCUGGUGACGGCUCUCUUUGUGGCCCUGUCGGCCUUCGAGAAGACGAAUGCCCUGGCCCUGGUGCAGUAUCACAGCACCGAGCGCACGGCCCUCCAGGGCCCGGCCUCUCGGGGCCCGCUGUUUGGGUGGUUUUCCGGGUCCUCCGGGGCUGGGGCUGCCGGAGCGACUGACGGGGCGCCCGGCGCCCGGGCCAUGCACCAGGCCGUCGUGCUGGCUGCGCUGGCGGCCUCCUGCAGUGACUUCCUCCCCAGUCCCACGCUAUAUAUGCAGCACCGGAAUAACCACACUCGGGCCAUCUUCCUGGGGCUGGUCCACCACUUUGCGGCCACCGGUCCGGUUGUCCUUGGGGGGCAUCUUGCCCCAGGCCGGCCGGAUAGCCGCAUGCCGGCCAGCAUCAGCCAGGCGGACGCCCUGCUGGCGGACCGCGGACCGCGACACCUGGUGUUCCAGGCUCGCGCGGUGCUGGAGUUCCUCUUCCUCGAGCGGGACCUGGCCAUCCUUUGCCUGGAUCGGGACAACUCGCGCAUUUGCUUUGAGAACAUCUUCACAAACAUCUCCUCCCGAGCACUGUUCAUGGCGCAGUUCUGUGGCACCUACCCCCAGCGCGUGUCAUACCUCAUGUCGGUGUCGCUCAAGCAGCAUGUUCAUACCUACUUCAACGACAUCAUCAUCUGCAUUGGCCAAAUUGCCUGCAAUGGUGUCCUGCCUGCGGACGGCACGGUCCACGAACAUACCAAUGAUCUUACCAUUCUCCUGAGGUCGUUGUAUGAGUCCGCGAAGCUCGUCGAGCCCGUGCUCUCGUCGCUGCCCCACCUGGACUUGCGGUCGAAUACGGCCUCGCGUGCGUACGGGCGUCAAUCGACCUUCGACCAGUUUGGCAGCGGCUUCGAUGAUCAUGACGCACCGGCGACGGCUCCGGCGUCAACCGGCCGCUUUGGCCGGCUGGCUCGAUCUGGAUCCUCAUCCAGCAUCUCGUCGAUCUCCUCGCUGUCAAGCGUGGCCGGUAGCUCGGGCGGUGGCGGGCAUCAGUCAAGCUCGCACGCGCGCUCGGCCACCAUUGCCUCGCUCUUCAUCCUGAACAAUGUCGACCACCUACGGCGCUUCAUUCAGACGGUGGCCAUCCCGGCGGUGGCCUCGCCGGUCGGUGGGGCCGACACCGUCGGCGGCAGUGGCCUCAGCACCGCCUCCGGCAGUCCUACUUUUGAGGAGGACGCCCUGACGGCCGAGGCUGCGGCCCCCGGCUAUCGCGGGCUCUUCGCAGGGAACCCCUCGCUGGCGGCCACCGGCUUGGAGGAGUCGCUGAAGUUGCUGGACUCGGCCUUUGGCACACAGCGCGCGGUGUACUUGGCCUUCUGGGCGCCUCUGGUGGAGCCCCUCCUCAAUGCCACGUUUAAGGCCCCUCUCGCGCCGCCCCCGCCGGCCAGCGGGGACUUCACGGUCUUGGACAAGCCCGUGCGCAAGCGGGUGAAGGCCCUGUAUACGGCCUUCAAUGAUCGCCUGAAGAACAUGCUGAAGGUGCAUGACUCGUCGAUGGCUGCCCCGCGAGAGUCCGUUCGUCGGGCUCUGCGUGAGGACGUCCGGCGGCGGGUGGUGGCCGCGUAUCGGGACUUCACCCAGUAUUACCCGGCGCCGCGGUUUGUUACUUCCGGCAAAAUGCGCAAGGACUACCUCAUUCGGUACAUUGAGUGGGCGCCGGAGUCGCUGGAUGCUCGGCUGCGACAGCUCUUCGAGAAGAGUGUCGGGGUGGGUGGCGCGGCGGCCGCCUCGGCCGCCGUGCAGGACACUCUGGAGCCAUUGUAA